AUGACGAGGCCGCGCGGGUCCUCGGCCGCCAGCGAGGACAGCUCCGGCACGGCGCACGACCAGGAGCUCGGCAGCAUGUACGACUACCUGGCCAAGAUUAUACUGCUUGGGCCGAGUGGGUCGGGGAAAUCCUGUCUCCUGCACCGGUUCGUCAAAAACGAGUGGCGGGUCCUCUCGUCGCAGACCAUCGGCGUCGAGUUCUCGAGCAAAAUCAUCAAGGUCGGCAGCGGCGCGCGGCGCAAGCGCAUCAAGCUGCAGCUGUGGGACACGGCCGGCACCGAGCGCUUCCGGUCCGUCUCGCGGUCGUACUACCGCGGCGCCGCCGGCGCCAUUCUCGUGUACGACGUGACGGCGCACCGCUCGUUUGCGGCGCUGCCGCCGUUUCUCAACGACGCGCGCGCGCUGGCCUCGCCGCACCUCACCACGCUGCUGGUCGGCAACAAGCUCGACCUGGCUGCUGACCUGGCCGCCGACCUCAUCGACGUCGCCGACAGCCGCCCCGCCGCCCCGACCUCGUCGUCCGCCUCGUAUCUGUCGUCGUCGCCGUCCGCAUCCAUCCUGGGCACGAGCGUGGCCACGGUGGCCACCACGGCGGCCAGCAUCCCGGCGUCGUCUGCGUCUGCGUCUGCGUCCGCGUCCACCGCCGCCGCCGCCGCCCCCGGGCUCGGCGCCCAGCUCAAGGCCUCCGUCGCCCCCGACGGCCGCGAGGUCAGCACCGCCGAGGCCGGCCGCUGGGCCACGUCCGUGCACGUGCCCGUCGCCCUCGAGGUCAGCGCGCUGAGCGGCGAGGGCGUCGACGAGGUCUUUGGCCGCAUGGCGCGCAUGAUUCUGACCAAGAUUGAGCUCGGCGAGAUCGACCCAGACGACCCCAUGAGCGGCAUCCAGUACGGCGACGCCGGCGCCAGCUGGAACGCCGGCGCCAGCGACGGCGGCAGCACGCGAAGCUACAGCAUGGCGGGCGGUGGCGGCGUCGACGAUGCGAGUGGCAGCGGCGGCGGCGGACCGAGACGGCGCCGCAACGGCACCGUGCUGGGCGGCGGGCGCAAGGCCAAGCGCGGCGGCGGCAUGGCGCUGCGGGAGUGGGAAGAGGUGUUUGCGCUGCCGAGCCGGCGACGCGGAGGGGCCUGUGGGUGUUGA